AUGGCGGCGCCCAGCGCGGCGGAGGCGGGCGGCGGGUUCGCGGCCUGGCUGGCGGCGCGGCUGGAGGCGCUGGGCCUGGACCGCGCCGUGUACGGCGCCUACGUGCAGGGGCUGCUCCGCGAGGGCGAGAGCGACGAGGAGCGGCUCGAGGCGCUGCGCGGCGUCCUGGCCGCCUGCCUGGAAGAAGAUCUCUUGGGCGACGUCUGCAGGGAGGUGGUGGAGAAGUGGUCCCAAGCCCAGGUUGUUGACGCCAAAGAGGAAAAAGAAGAUGAGGUGCAGGCGAUCGCCAGCAUGAUGGAGAAGCAGGCCAGGAUCGUCGUGAAGCCGAGGGAGGUCUCCCAGGAGGAGCGGCAGAGGAAAGCCGCCCUCCUGGCCCAGUACGCCAACGUGACCGAUGAGGAGGACGGUGAGGAUGAACAUGAUGGAUCCUCUGCAACAGCAGUAAAUAUUGGAUCGGAAAAAUCUCUGUUCCGAAACACGAACGUGGAAGAUGUCUUGAACGCCAGGAAGCUGGAGCGGGAGCUGCUGCGGGAUGAGUUCCAGAAGAAAAAAGAGCAAGACAAGCUCCAGCGAGAGAAAGAUAAGCUCGCCAAGCAAGAGCGGAAGGAGAAGGAGAAGAAAAGGACACAAAAAGGAGAGCGGAAGCGAUAGCUGGAGAUUUUCAGCCGGACUCAGAAAUCAUAAAAUUAAUUAUGAGUGUGGUGUGUGUUUGAAAAGCAACAGAAGUUCUGGGCACGUGGCCGAUGAGCGGUUCUUUGGAAGCGUUUCUUCUUCCA